AUGGCUUCUCUCUGGCGACCAUUCCGGCUCCUGCCUCCGUUGCAGUCGACCUUCUCACAACCCUUCGGUCUCCGCGCCUGCACACCACUCCAGUCACGGCUUCUACAUUCGUCGCCCAUUCUCGCUGUGCGCAAACCUUCCAAGGCCGUAGUCAAGCCACUCAUUGCCUCUGCAACUACUCGCAAGAAGCAACGCAAAGACGCCCUGGCCGAAGAGCAGCAAGAUUACAUCCACAUACCUUUCGAGACCCACUCGCCGAAGACGGCCCCUUCCACUCCUGCAACACACACGCCGCGUACAUCCAGGCCCUCAGCUCCUGCUACAACGAUACAGCAACCUUUGGUGAAUCGGCAUGUACAACCACAACAGCCCGUUGUCGAAGAACCAUUGGAAGUCUACGCGCCUCCUCCGUCUCCUCUGAAGCCUACUUUCGAAUACGUACCCGGCGGCCGCACUGGUGUCCACGCUUCCCUCCGAGAACUUGACAGUGCCGAGUCCCCUACCUUGAUUUACGAAGCCACAAAAGCUCGCUCAUACAUUGCUUGGUGUAUCUUUGCUAGUUUCUUCCUUGGCUGUAUAGCUGCCAUGCAAAUCGGCUUCUUCACCACCGAUCCCUCAAAGAGCGAUAUCCGCAUCGCCAGUGUCUUCCUCCUCACUGCUUUGAUGUGGGCUAUCCUUUCCUCAUGGGCCGCCUGGGGUGCUACCGAUGUCAUCAAGCGUAUCUAUACUAUUCCCACUGGCACCGGAAGGCCGCUAUUGCGCAUCGAGCCCGUCCGUCUCUGGGCCGGCAAGCGUCCAUUGCCCUUCGAAGUCCGCAUUGGUGACGCCUUUUCUAACAAGGGCUUCGAACAGAACAUCGCCAUGUUCAAUGCCACACGAGAUGUGAGACGUCAACCUGGCGUUCUCGAUGCCCUCUUCGAGCCCAUCGGCACACUCUUCUCGUCCAACAUGAAGAUGAUUCAGAGAAAGUCUUCAUUUGCGCAACUGCACAUCAAAACCGGAGGUACAUGGAAGGUCGACCUUCGCGACUGCAAAGCCCUUGAUCAUGGCAAGACAAUGGAUCUUGUGAUUCUCCCCAUGGAGACUAAGCGUGGCUGGUUCGCCUCGCUCUUCCUUCAGGACUAA